UCCCUAGACAGCGCGGUGUGGGGUUUGACAGUAGGUGUGUGACAGGGCCCGAGGGAAUGGGAAUCGUUGCUCUCAAGUACUCAGCUCUCCCGCUGGACAGACCCUGAGCGCGGUGCUGUGCUUGCGUUACCUGAAUGUAACCCCUUUCUAGCGCCUGGUGAGGGGAUGUGGGAUUAUCCCCACAUCGCCCUUGGGGAACCUGAGGCCCAGAGCCAUGGCUAACUUCUCUAGUCAGUCAGAGGCAGACUUGGGAUUCGAACUGUGAUUGUCUGCCCCCAAAACCCCGGGCUUUUUCCUAGAGUCGGAAAGGGAGUUUGGGCUCCAGGAAGGAGGGUUAAAUUUUUACUGUACUGAAGAAAAGAACCGGGUGAUAGGGGUCGGAGGGGCUGCAAGGGGAGAGCGUUAGCUGAGGCAGGUUUGCAGGUGUAGAAGGGACGCGAGCCCUGGUGGAGAGAAGGAUCGGUUGUGUAAAGCCAGGAGAGCUCAGGGACCUGAGGGGGAUGGAGAAACCAGACCUGUCUUCAGGGUUAGCUGAGGGUGCAUAGCUGAGUGGAUUUUAAGUUGAUCUGGGGUUGGUUAGUGAUUGGAGUCAUAGUGGAAGGGAUCUGCCAAGAACCUGUGAUACAGAGGGAGGGUGAGAUUUGGGAUGGGGGAGGGGCAAAUCCAUGAAGUCCUGGAGUGUACAAAUAAGAAAUGUGACCUGACUUAAAUGCUAGCAAGCAGCUAUCUAAGAUGCAUCAGUUGGUCUCAACCCACCUGGAGCAAAGUAGAAUGAAGAACACCAAAGACACAAGGUAACUAUGAGCUCAAGAGACAGAAAGGGUGACAUAAAUCAGACACUACAUCAGUCUGAAACCAGAAAAACUAAAUGAUGCCCGACUAUAACCCAUGACUGCCCUGAGAGGGAACACGACAGAGAAUCCCUGAUGGAGCAGGAGAGCAGUGGGAUGCAGACUUCCAAUUGUUGUAAAAAGACCAAACUUAAUGGUCUGACUGAGACUAGAAGGACCCCGGAGGUCAUGGUCCCCAGACCUUCUGUUGGCCUAAGACUGGAACCAUUCCCAAAGCCAACUCUUGAGGCAGGGAUUGGAUUGGACUAUAAGACAGAAAAUGAUACUGUUGAGGAGUGAUCUUCUUGGCUCAAGUAGACACGUGAGACUAUGUGGGCAGCUCCUGUAUGGAGGGAAGAUGAGAAGGCAGAGGGGGACAGAAGCUGGCUGAAUGGACACAGGGAAUACAGGGUAGAGAGGAGGAGUGUGCUGACUCAUUAGGGAGGGAGCAACUAGGAGUACAUGGCAAGGUGUAUAUAAAUUUUUGUAUGAGAGACUGCCUUGAUUUGUAAACUUUCACUUAGAUCACAAUAAAAAAAAAAAAGAAAUGUGAUCUGAGCUUAACACCGCCCCCCCUCCCCAUCAGGAUCAUUGAUCUAUUUUCAUUUAAUUUUGCCUACCCCCGCCUAGAUUUUGCCUUCCCUCUGGUUUAGGGGAAAGUGGGUGUCAUGAUUCUUUUUCUCCCAGGCCUGCAUUCUGAGAGCCUUCUGACAAAGCUAAUAGGCCUAUAUGGGUGUCCUUCAGGGCAGAGUAGAUGGGCAACUUCUUCUAGUUUGGUGGGUGUUAGUGGUAUCCUUUUCACCUGAAAAGAAUGUGGAGCCCAGGGAUUGGUUUGUUGCAGAUGAAGGUCCAAACUGGUCAGUUCCAGCCACCUGAGGCAGAGGGCGAGGAGGAGCUUGCUGAAAGGAGUACUGGUUCUCUGGCCCUUGGACACCUGGCACCACCCAUUGGUAUCUAGUUAGGUUGGCAGGAGGGCCUCCGUGUUGCAGCAGAGAAAGGCCAUGGCCAAUUUAGUGCUGGAGGCACUAGAUCACCAACAUUGUCAUUGAGCCGUUGAGUAAUAGUGGCAUGUGACAGUGUUUCCUCUUCUAGUGUCUUAUAUCAAGGAGUUGUGUAAACAGAAGCCUAGGUGAUGUCAGUAGAAGUAGUAGAGCCACAGUGUGAGUGAGUGUGAGCUGAAAGUAAUCCCUGUGGACCUUUUCCACCUUGUUCUUACUAAAAUCCCAAGCACUGACUUAGGGUCCUCUGUGGGAGAUGAGUCUGAUGCUCAUGACUGGUGAAGUACCAUUGUGAUACCUCAUUUAUUUGCAAAGUACUUUCAUUUACUGUCUAAUCCAAAUGGUCCUAUGAAAUAGGUCCAGGGCAUAGGCUGCGGGGGCGGGUGAGGGAUGAGUGCAGAGAGCACUGUCGGGUCCAUGGACUUAGCCAGUGUGUGAGGGGAAGGUGGACAGGAAGCCUGUCUCUUUCAGGUGCCUGAAUACUUGGUUUGACUAUAAUGUUGAAGGGAUUGUCAGGCAGGGAAAGAUUUUUGCCUCUUCCUUGGGUUCUGGAAAGCUUAUUGAAGAGAUGUUAGGUGUACUCAGAAGCCAGUUUGAGAAGCAUUGGACUGGAGCAGCUAUUUCAGCUGUUGUAGCCAGAAUGGAAGGAGUGGGUAUUAGCUAUCUACGUUUCUUCUCCAUAGCGAUUAAAACCCCCAGUCUAAUGAACCUAUGGAUGUAGUGUUUGCUCAUCUGAUAGCAUAACAGUUAAGUGCUCAGAUGCUAACCAAAAGGUUGGCUGUUCGAACCCACCCAGAAGUUCCACAGGAUAAAGAUCUGGCAGUCUGCCCCUGUAAAGAUUAUAGCCAAGAAAAACCCUGUCGGGCAGUUUUAUUCAAUCACAUGGGGCCAUUGAGUUGAAAAUCGACCUGAGGAUGCCCAACAUAUGCUGCUUAAGGAAUCCCUGGGUGGUGCAGAUGAUUAAGCGCUCAAUUACUAUCCAAAAGGCUGACAGUUUGAACCCACCCAGAGGCACCUUGGAAGGCAGGUUGAAAACCCUGUGGAGCAGUUCUACUCUGUGCACGUGGGAUUGCUGUCAGUGGGAAUUGGCAAGCAAAAGUGAAUAGAGCUAUAAAGAUCAUUGCUCUUUUUAGAAUUAGCUCUGAAUUCUUUUUCUUUCCUAGCAAAUGUCAGGUUUUUCAACUGUGGUUGCCAUGUGUCAUGGGUUGAAUUGUGUUCCCCCCCAAAAUAUGUGUCGACUUGGCUAGGCCAUGAUUUCCAGUAUUGUCUGAUUGUCUCCCAUUUUGCCAUCUGAUAUGAUUUUCCUACAUGUUGUAAAUCCUAUCUCUAUGAUGUUAAUGAGGCAGGAUUAGAGGUAGUUACGUUAAUUGACUACGUGCUGCUUUCAGGACUCAAUCUACAAGAUUAGGUUGUGCCUUAAACCAGUCUCUUUUGAGAUAUAAAAGAAGCUAGCAGAGAGACAUGGGGACCCCAUACCACCAAGAAACAACAGUCAGGAGAAUAGCGCGUCCUUUCAACCCCAGGGUCCCUGCACUGGGAAGUUCCUAGACCAGGGGAAGAUUGAUGACAAGGACUUUCCGACAGAAAGCCUUCCCCUGGAGUUGGCACCCACAAUUUGGAUUUGUAGCCUCUUAAACUGUGAGAGAAUGAAUUUCUGUUUGUUAAAACCAUCCACUUAUGGUAUUUCUGUUAUAGCAGCACUAGAUAGCUGAGACGCCAUGUCUGGCUCAUUUGGAAAUGGCCUCGUACACUGUGGCCUAGGGAGAGUGGUGGAAGUGCAAUUCUGCUAAAUAACAAGGCCGUGUGCCGGUUCCCAGGCACCAUGAAUGCCAUCGUUGCGCUCUGUCACUUCUGUGAGCUGCAUGGCCCCCGCACUCUCUUUUGUACCGAAGUCCUACACGCCCCACUUCCCCAAGGGGCCGGGAGCGGGGACAGCUCUGGCCAGGGUGAGCAGGCUGAGGAUGAAGAAGGUGGCAUUCAGAUGAGCAGUCGCAUCCGCUCCCACAGCCCAGCGGAAGGGGCCAGUGCGGAAGCCAGCAGCCCAGGGCCCAAAAAGUCUGACAUGUGUGAGGGGUGCCGAUCCCUUGCCGUGGGGCAUCCAGGGUACAUCAGCCACGACAAGGAAACCUCCAUUAAAUAUGUCAGCCACCAGCAUCCCAACCAUCCCCAGCUCUUCAGCAUUGUCCGCCAGGCCUGCGUUCGGAGCCUGAGCUGUGAGGUCUGCCCUGGCCGCGAAGGCCCCAUCUUCUUUGGGGACGAGCAGCACGGUUUUGUGUUUAGCCACACCUUCUUUAUCAAAGACAGCCUGGCCAGGGGCUUCCAGCGCUGGUACAGCAUCAUUGCCAUCAUGAUGGAUCGCAUCUAUCUCAUCAACUCCUGGCCCUUCCUGCUCGGGAAGAUCCGUGGGGUCAUCGAUGAGCUCCAGGGCAAGGCCCUCAAGGUGUUUGAGGCGGAACAGUUUGGAUGCCCACAGCGCGCCCAGAGGAUGAACACAGCUUUUACACCAUUCCUGCACCAAAGGAAUGGCAAUGCAGCCCGUUCGCUGACAUCUUUGACUAGUGAUGACAACUUGUGGGCGUGUCUUCAUACCUCCUUUGCUUGGCUCUUGAAAGCGUGUGGCAGCCGGCUGACCGAGAAGCUGCUGGAAGGUGCGCCAACUGAGGACACACUGGUCCAGAUGGAGAAGCUUGCCGAUUUAGAAGAGGAAUCAGAAAGCUGGGACAACUCUGAGGCUGAAGAGGAGAAGACCCUUGUGUUCUCCGAAGGUACAGAAGGGCAGGAGCGGACCAAAUGCCCAACAGACUUGUCCUCACUCUCAGACUGUGGAAGCUGGCAGCCUCGGAAGCUGCCAGUCUUUAAGUCACUUCGGCACAUGAGACAGGUCCUGGGUGCCCCGUCUUUCCGCAUGUUGGCCUGGCAUGUUCUCAUGGGGAACCAGGUUAUCUGGAAGAGUAGAGACGUAGACCUUGUCCAGUCAGCUUUUGAAGUUCUUCGGACCAUGCUGCCUGUGGGCUGUGUCCGCAUCAUCCCUUACAGCAACCAGUAUGAGGAAGCGUAUCGGUGCAACUUCCUGGGGCUCAGCCCACAGGUGCAGAUCCCCUCCCAUGUACUAUCCUCAGAGUUUGCUGUCAUUGUGGAGGUCCACACAGUCCCCCGCUCCAGCCUUUACCCAGUGGGGCCUGAGGAUGACCAGUCUCUCAGCAAGUAUGAGUUUGUGGUGACUAGUGGGAGCCCUGUGUCUGCAGACCGAGUUGGCCCCACCAUCCUGAAUAAAAUCGAAGCUGCUCUGACCAAUCAGAAUCUGUCUGUGGAUGUGGUUGACCAGUGCCUCAUCUGCCUGAAGGAAGAGUGGAUGAACAAGGUGAAGGUCCUUUUUAAAUUCACCAAAGUGGACAGUCGCCCAAAAGAGGACACGCAGAAACUCCUGAGUAUCCUUGGGGCAUCGGAGGAAGACAACGUCAAGCUCCUGAAGUUUUGGAUGACAGGCUUGAGCAAAACCUACAAGUCGCAUCUUAUGUCCACAGUCCGGAGCCCCACGGCCUCGGAGUCUCGUAACUGACCCCACAGUGGGAACUUGUCUGCACGCAUGCCUUUGGGAAGUGAUUGUGACUGUCCUUGCCACCAAGCUUAAAAAUAGUUGUAAGUUCUCCUCCAGCUCCACAAGAGGUUUGUCCUUUAGUUUCCGGACUGUUGAGGACAGACCUGUUUCCUAGCAAAAAAUGGAAACUAUUUGGGCUGAACUUUGUCCCUUGUGGGGUUUGGGCCUCGGGUAAUUCUCAGCACCAUCCCAUAAACUGUCUGAACUGCUGCACCACUCAAGAAGGUUGUGAAGGCUUGUGAGCAGGUCCUCUCUGCUUUUGUACAUCUCUGUGAGAGAAGACUGGAAGAGAGACAGGCACUUCGUUCCUUUCAAGAAUUAAAUCUCCAAAUUCAUAGAAACAUGUUGGGCUAAUUCUGGCUUGGGUGUUUAGCUGCAAUAACAUCUUAUUUUGAGAUUAACAUUUGAACCUAUCCAUUUUGAUAUUCAGCAAGAGUUUUCCAGUUUUUGUGUGUAUAUGUUGCUACAGUUGUGAAUGUUCAGGACAUACUCCUUGGUCAUUUUUUAGUGAUCUUAUUUUAAGUUAGGACUCUGGGAAUGGCUUUAGGGGUGCAGUGGAUGUUUUCCUCAUCUUUGGAUCUUCGGAAUUCACGUGACUCUAUUAACUCUUCUGGCCACACUCCCCUGGGGUUGUCUUUGGGAUUCACCAGUAAUUUGAUGCAGCCGCUGCCGUGCUGAAGUUUUAAGUCAAGUGUUGACUUGCCCAGCUCACUGGACACGGAGUUAAGAAGCCUACCACAGUUUGAUUCCAUAUCACUUUACCCUUUAUUGCUUCUUAAAAGAUUUAUGUUUGGUUACAGUUAACAAUUUUCAGAGUUAGGUGAUUUAAAGCAAUUUCAUCAUCCGACAGUACAUUUUUAAUAAUUCAUGACCUGGAGGGAUAUUCCAGCAAUUUUGCUGAUUGUUUCUAGUUUUUUCUUUUCGUUUAAUUUAUAUUUAACAUGAAGAUUAACUGUAUAUGAUGAGGAAUCUCCAUAAUGAAAAACAUUGAAACACAAUAAAGAUUUAUUUUUGUAAAA